UGGGAAAUGAGAGAGGAAUAGGGAAGGGAGUGGCGGAAUAGAGGGAAUUGUGAGACCGACUCGGCCAUGGCUCAUUGGCUCAGCGAUCUCUUUGCCGGGGUGUCCUCACACCUCACAGGCGAGCAAAUCCUCGACCAGUCGAACUCGACGUGCUCUAGAGAGGCGUCGCGGCUGCUUCUCCUUUUGUAGAGGCCAACACACUGUCGUCCGAGGCCUUUCACUCCGCUCGUUCUUGCCGGCGUCCAGACGCGGCACCUCACCAUACUCCACAUCGCCAGCGAACAGUUCUUCUGUUGGAGUCCUCUCCUCCCAUCUCCAACUCAGAAUCUGAGCUUCACGGAGUGAAACUGAGACAGAAGCCUAAGAAGCGAUAACCAUGAAAUCCGGCAGAGGAGCAACGGUCAAUGAGGAAGGGAUUGUUCCUGAUUCAAAGAGGCAUAGAGUGGCUGAAGACUCAUCUCCUUCUGCUUCCGCAUCUUUGUUACCUUCCGAGAACCCGCUUCACAAGCUAGCAAAUUACGAAGAUGAUGAUGAUGAGGAAGUUUAUAGGAAGAGCAGAGCACUGAAUUGGUAUAAUAAUGGAAGGGAAGCUGGUGUUAACGGUCAACAAAAUGAUGGUAGAGCUGAAGGAGGAGAGAUUCUUCAUGAUAGUGAUAGUGAAGAUGAGGAAGGGCAUAAUCAAGGGAGGAGAAGCCGAACGGUUGAGAUUAGGAGAGAUUGCCCUUAUCUUGAUACCGUGAAUCGCCAGGUUUUGGACUUUGAUUUUGAGAGGUUCUGCUCCGUGUCAUUGUCAAAUCUGAAUGUAUAUGCAUGUUUAGUAUGUGGGAAGUAUUACCAGGGUAGAGGGAAAAAGUCUCAUGCCUAUACACAUAGCCUUGAAGCGGGGCAUCACGUCUACAUUAAUCUGCAGACUGAGAAGGUUUACUGCCUUCCAGAUGGAUAUGAGAUCAAUGAUCCUUCAUUAGAUGACAUUCGGCAUGUGCUGAACCCCAGGUUUACCAGAGAACAAGUUGAGCAGCUUGAUAAGAACAAACAAUGGUCUAGGACUCUUGAUGGUUCUGAUUACCUACCAGGAAUGGUGGGCCUGAAUAACAUUAAGGAGACUGAUUUUGUCAAUGUCACGAUCCAGUCACUAAUGAGAGUUACUCCUCUAAGGAACUUUUUCCUUAUUCCUGAAAAUUACCAGCAUUGUAAAUCCCCUCUUGUUCAUCGUUUUGGGGAACUCACAAGGAAAAUCUGGCACGCCCGGAACUUUAAAGGACAGGUAAGUCCUCAUGAGUUCCUACAGUCUGUGAUGAAGGCCAGCAAGAAAAGAUUCCGGAUAGGUGUACAGUCUGAUCCAGUUGAAUUUAUGUCGUGGCUUCUGAAUACACUGCAUGCGGACCUUAGAACUUCAAAGAAAGAUAGCAGCAUCAUUCACCAGUGUUUUCAGGGGGAAUUGGAGGUGGUUAAAGAGGUUCCUGACAAGGCCAUUACUGAGAAGAAGGAAAACAGCAAUGAACAGAAUGGUCUUCCGGCUGAAGGCGGGAACGAAAACAAUAUUUCUGACACUUCAAGGAUGCCAUUCUUAAUGCUUGGGCUUGACUUGCCUCCGCCGCCCCUUUUUAAGGAUGUGAUGGAGAAAAAUAUCAUUCCUCAGGUUCCCCUUUUCAACAUACUGAAGAAGUUUGAUGGGGAGGCCAUCACAGAGGUGGUCCGUCCUCAUAUAGCAAGGAUGAGGUACCGCGUGACGAGAUUGCCGCAAUAUCUAAUUCUCCACAUGCGUCGUUUUACGAAAAACAACUUUUUUGUGGAGAAGAAUCCCACAUUAGUUAAUUUUCCGGUGAAGAACUUGGAGCUGAAGGACUACAUUCCUUUGCCGAGUCCAAAAGAGAAUGAGCAGCUACGGUCGAAGUAUGAUUUGAUUGCCAACGUUGUUCAUGACGGUAAACCUGGUGAAGGGUCAUACAGGGUAUUCGUGCAGCGAAAAUCAGAAGAACUAUGGUACGAGAUGCAGGAUCUGCAUGUCUCUGAAACCCUUCCUCAAAUGGUAGCUCUUUCAGAGGCAUACAUGCAGAUAUAUGAGCAGCAUAAGUGAGAUCAGAUUUUCAGCCAUUUGCGACUCCAUACGUUUUAUCAAGUUUUGUUAGAGACAGGAUCCUAAAAAAACAAUCAGCACAACCUUUUGAUAGAUCAAUCAUGUCUAAGCUGCUUGAAAUUCUGGCAAGUUUUGGGAGGUUCUUGUUUGAAAGCCAGUGGCUUUGUACCGAAAAUGGUUGCCGUGAUAAAGACGGUAUAGAUUAUCUUGCUAUCGCCAAUUGUAGCUUAUCUGACUCUUCCCAGGAUAUUCCAUACUUCUCCACUAUGUAUGUCAUGAGAAGUUGUCCAUAGUUUGUUUGGGAUGGAAAGAUCUCCAGUGAUCCCAAGUGGAACUUUUGCUUCAAAAGGAAUAUAUUAUGAAGGAGCGACUUGUAUGAAG